UUGGAUAAUCCGACCCACAAACCCGAUUCCAGUGGCAAAUUGAAGCAAGGAACCCUAGCUUUGCUUUUUCUUUAUCCUUCCUUUUCCCCUUUUUGAAACCUCCUUCUGCUUGAGCGUUUCAAGCACACGCUUUUCUCUCUCCCACCCAAUCUCCACCUUCGUGUAAUCAUCGAUUAAGGUGGUGUAGGGAACCAUGUCAGAUCGAUUGACGCGUAUUGCCAUCGUCAGCAACGACAGAUGCAAGCCCAAAAAGUGUCGUCAGGAGUGUAAGAAGAGUUGCCCUGUCGUCAGAACCGGUAGAUUGUGUAUUGAGGUUACUUCUCAAUCAAAGAUUGCUUACAUAUCCGAGGAAUUGUGCAUUGGAUGUGGUAUUUGUGUUAAGAAAUGUCCUUUUGAAGCUAUCCAGAUUAUCAACUUACCUAAGGAUUUGGACAAAGACACCACUCACAGAUAUGGUCCUAAUACUUUUAAGCUUCACAGGUUGCCGGUUCCUAGGCCGGGGCAAGUGCUUGGUUUGGUUGGGACAAAUGGAAUUGGGAAGUCCACCGCCCUCAAAGUUUUGGCUGGAAAGUUGAAGCCAAACUUGGGUCGUUUCACUAAUCCCCCUGAUUGGCAGGAAAUUUUGACCUAUUUUCGAGGAUCUGAAUUGCAGAAUUACUUUACUCGCAUUCUAGAGGAUGAUUUGAAGGCUAUCAUCAAGCCUCAGUAUGUUGAUCACAUUCCAAAAGCAGUGCAAGGGAAUGUAGGGCAAGUGCUAGACCAAAAAAAUGAAAGAGAUAUGAAGGAAGAGCUCUGUGCUGAUCUUGAACUUAAUCAAGUUAUAGAUCGUAAUGUUGGUGAUCUUUCAGGGGGUGAGCUCCAAAGGUUUGCGAUUGCGGUUGUUGCCAUCCAAAAUGCUGAGAUAUACAUGUUUGACGAACCUUCCAGUUAUCUUGAUGUGAAACAGAGGCUGAAAGCUGCACAAGUUGUUCGUUCAUUACUAAGGCCUAAUAGCUAUGUAAUUGUUGUUGAGCACGAUCUUAGUGUCUUGGACUACUUAUCAGACUUUAUUUGCUGUUUGUAUGGCAAGCCUGGUGCUUAUGGAGUUGUAACACUUCCUUUUUCAGUCAGAGAAGGAAUUAAUAUCUUCUUGUCUGGCUUUGUUCCAACAGAAAAUCUUAGGUUUCGGGAGGACUCUCUUACCUUCAAGGUUGCAGAAACUCCUCAGGAAACUGCCGAAGAGGCUCAAACAUAUGCUCGAUACAAAUACCCAACCAUGACCAAAACUCAAGGCAAUUUCAGGCUUCGUGUAGUUGAAGGAGAAUUUACGGAUUCUCAGAUUGUUGUGAUGCUUGGUGAGAAUGGGACCGGAAAGACUACAUUCAUUCGAAUGCUGGCUGGUUUAUUGAAACCUGACGUUGUAGAAGGUGGAUCUGAGGUGGAGAUGCCUGAGUUCAAUGUUUCAUACAAACCUCAGAAAAUUAGCCCUAAGUUCCAAUCAACUGUUAGACACCUGCUACAUCAAAAAAUCCGUGAUGCAUAUACGCAUCCCCAAUUUAUGUCAGAUGUGAUGAAACCCCUACUUAUCGAACAGUUGAUGGACCAAGAAGUUGUGAAUCUUUCUGGUGGAGAAUUGCAAAGAGUUGCCCUAUGCCUUUGUCUUGGAAAGCCUGCAGAUAUUUAUCUGAUAGAUGAACCAAGUGCAUAUCUUGAUUCUGAACAACGUAUUGUUGCUGCGAAAGUCAUCAAAAGGUUUAUUCUUCAUGCAAAGAAAACAGCCUUUGUGGUCGAGCAUGAUUUCAUCAUGGCAACUUAUCUUGCUGACAGAGUUAUUGUCUAUGAGGGUCAACCUUCAAUUGAUUGUCAGGCAAAUUGUCCACAAUCACUGCUGACUGGGAUGAAUCUUUUCUUAUCCCAUCUUGAUAUCACAUUUAGAAGAGACCCAACUAAUUUCCGCCCAAGGAUCAACAAACUUGAUUCAACCAAGGAUAGAGAGCAAAAACACGCUGGUUCCUAUUAUUACCUGGAUGACUGAGUUUUACUCAAAAGGCAAGUGUGCUCUUUUGCCAAUGUGCAGCGCAACAAAUUGAGCUUCCCAGUUUUAAUUUAUUUGAUGCAUUGACAUAUAAGAUAGUCCUUUUUCUGAAUGGAUAGAAGAGUUUGCUGCAGGCAGAGCAUAUGUUGGUUGAUGCAUUUGUAUAUGUUUCCUUGACAUUUAGUGAUGUUGCUCAUGACCAGUUUUGGUAUGAUUUUAGUGGGUGAAUCUGCUUAUUACUCAAGUUUACGGUCAUGGUUUCACAUGUGAGAGAAUAAUGAGGCCACAUAUUAAGUUUAUUGCUAUCUCGGCUCUCAUAAUUUAUUAGCUGAAUAUGUAUCGAAGUAUACUUUUACUUCCAUGUUCCUUGAUUUUGAUAGAUGGUUUCUUUUUGAAAUAUAUAUUGCUACUGAAAGGAUUGUUAUUUUCAUGGUUA